CGCAAAGCACGGUGAAGUGUGUGUUUAUUUUUAAUAAUGUACAUGACACAGUAUUUGUAGUUUAUUAUCGCACUUAACAGAUUCGAGAUUCUUCUCGGUGCUCUUGUUGCCAUCAUAGAAGCUCAUCUGAGCCGCGUUUUGUCUUGUAUUCCCCCAAAACAAUGUACAAGUAAACGUUUAUUUUUUUCCUCUUUUCAAUUGAUUGGAGUUUUAUAUAUAUAUAUAUGCGGGUUUUAAUUAUGUCGAUUAGCGUGUGUGUAACGUGACUUUCGUCCAAGUGAAUUGCCCUUGCAUUUGCCACACUGUAGAUUUACUUCCGCAGGUUUUUUUUUUUUUUUUUAAACUCAACCACCAUAUUCGCUUCAUACGCGUCUCAGCAAUUCUUCUUGAAUUCGUGCGGAACGUGGAGAAUCAUCGACGCUGUACACCCACUGCUACUUUGCGGGACUACAACAUCGUUCGUUGAGUCUUCUUCUUCGGUUGAAUUCGUCUUGGUGCACGUUGGAGCUUCUCGGCCUAGUUUAGCUUUGUUUAGCUUGCUAACCGCUAAAAAAAUAAAAAAUAAUAAUAAUAAAAUAAAAUAAAAUAAAAAACAAAGAGAGGCGUUCGUGAGCGACACAUCGCUCAAUUUGGAUCAAGUGUGAGGGUAAAGUGGUGUGAAUGUCGUGUGAAGACGUGUGCAAGAAGGACAGCAGAGUACGAGGAGGAAUUUUGUGGCUCAAAAGAGGAGAAGGAGCCACCACGUCAACCAGUGGACGCUGUUUGCAAGAUGGAGCCUCGAGGAAUCAGUGAAGAUCUUCCCCCUGAGCGGCAGGAGCCAGAAUCCUCUUACAUUAAAGAGAAAGAGAAGCUGGGGCGCACUCACUUCAAAGAGGAGGAGGAAGACUUCCUGCGCAUUAAAGAGGAAGAGCAGGAGGAAAUCAUCCAGUUUCCAUCGACUGUUGUCCCUUUGAAGAGUGAAGAUGAAAGUGACGAGAAGAGGGGUCUUGAGCCGCCAAGCAGCAGCUCAAGUCAACACAUGGCAACAAAAGGUGAUGAAGACCACUGUGGAGGAUCACCAGCAGACAGCCUCAUAGCGCCACUAUCAGAUAGUGACGACACGUCACAAUCCCCUCACACGGAUGAUGAUGAUGAUGAUGAUGAUGAUGAAGAACAGUCUGAAGGCCAUAAGACAUGUCACACUGACAAAAAAAGCUGGGCCUGUUCUCAAUGCAGGAAAACAUUUGGCUACAAGUCUCUUCUGGAAAGGCAUAUGAUGAGCCACACUGGAGAGAAACCUUUUUCCUGCUCAGUUUGUGGUCAAAGAUUCUCUCGGAAGGGAACCUUGAAAAUACACACAAGAAAACACACUGGUGAGAAACCUUUUUCCUGCUCAGUUUGUGGUCAACGAUUCACUCAGAAGGGCACCUUAAAAAUACACAUAAGAAAACACUCUCGUGAGAAACCUUUUGCCUGUGCAGUUUGUGGUCAAAGAUACUCUGAAAAGAGAAACUUACUAAGGCACACAAGAACACACACUGGUGAGAAACCUUUUACCUGCUCAGUUUGUGGGCAAACAUUCUCUGAGAAUGAAGGAUUAAAAAUACACACAAGAACACACACUGGUGAGAAACCUUUUGCCUGCUCAUUUUGCGAUCAACGAUUCGCUCAUAGAAGUACUUUGACAGCACACACAAGAACACACACUGGAGAGAAACCUUUUUCCUGCUCCGUUUGUGGUCAAAGAUUCUCUCAGAAGGGAUACUUAAAAAUACACACAAGAACACACACCGGUGUGAAACCUUUUUCCUGCGCAGUUUGUGGUCAAAAAUUUUCUCAGAAGGGAUACUUAAAAAUACACACAAGAACACACACUGGAGAGAAACCUUUUUCCUGCUCAGUUUGUGGUCAAAGAUUUUCACAGAAGGGAACCUUAAAAAGUCACAGAAGAACGCACAGUGGGGAGAAACCUUUUGCCUGUUCAGUUUGUGGCCAAAGAUUCUCUCAGAAGGAUAAGGUUAAGAGACACAAGUGUGCUGGUGAGAAUAGUAGUGAUCAAUAAAGGCUUCAUCAAUUCAUUCACUAAGGCGAGAUAUGACAGCUCUAGCCCAAGACUUGUGCGAUGUCUGCUAACACGUGUUCAUGUUUUGUUGGUCCUUUUUUUCUGAUGCUGCUCAUGCCUUUUCAAGUGCCCCUCAAGAAUUUAGAUUGCAAAAUCGCAUACAGUAUUGGCAUGUGGCGUAUAACUUCAGAUAUAACCGUUGAUUUGCACUUCCUACAGUGAGCGGAAUCAAGUAAGAAAAUCACAGAAAAUUUAGUUUGGGGUCGUGAACAGUAUGUAAAAAAAAAUGACAUUGAUCGUAUUCUGAUUUCGUUACUGUACAGAGGUGUACCAAGUUCCCACAUGGAACAUUGUCUUGUCUUGAACUUGUCUGUUUUGCUGUUCUUUCUGUGUCACUGUCACACGUUCGAAAUAAAGAAUUCAAUCAACGUGGCCACUGAGUAGAAUGUCUUCAGCAGGUUGCAACAGCGAUGCAGAGACAGAGAGUCACAGAAAAGCAAAGAAGUGGACAUCCUUGGACAUUUUCAUGGAUCAAAGACCUCUUUUGAAUUGUUCCAUUCAGCUCCUUGUUGGAGAACAGCAAAUUGUACAGAACGUAUUGAAACAAUAAACAGUUGGGCAUGCUUUCAUACGUUAACGUCAAAUUGAAUUCACCUGUUAGUACAUUUUAGGUUCAUCCUGAAAUUUCACCCGAGAGCUCAAUACCGUAUCUGUAAUCUUUUGUGUAUUGUGUGAUAUGAAUAAAUGUUCACAUUUGUUAUCUUGAAUUAGA